UUCUUGGCCAUGGCCCCGACGCGCGCUGCCACGAAGCGCAGCCGACCGGCCGAGGUCUUGACGACCGCGGACGACGGGCUCGUACCUGCAAUCCAAGGCUUUAGCGAUGACCAAAUUGCAGCGUGGAAGUUGAUGCUGGCGAAGGAAUGGUACUUUGAGGCGCCGGCCGACUUCUUCACGCUCUACGCGAUUGCACGCAGCAUUGCCCCCGGGCAGCCUACCGAUGCGUUCAAAGCAUCGCUUGGCCUUGAACUCACGGGUCCGUACAUGGCGCUGUCGACUGCACCGACCUUGCCGACGCCGGUCUUCUUGCACGGCCGAUGCUACUACGACCCGCCCGAGGUCAUCACGGUGGCCUCGUCGCCGACCUUUCAUUUCGGCUACUUGCGCGACGCACCCAAAGACACACCAACGCAUGUCGUGGAGGGCUCGAACGAUGCAGGAACAUUCGAGUUUCGAGGUCGCAGCCUUGUCGACGUGGUCCACGCCAAGCUCCUCGAGCAACCCCGCGGCACGGUCGACGGCCUAUUGUCGCACUUGACACCCUUUGUCGUGGCCGUGAGUCCAAAGCGCCCAACAAAGCGAGCUAGAGCUGCGACAUGCGAGCGCAAGUGGACUGCGCCGACGCUGAGUGGCUUGGGGAUUUGCGUGCCGAUCCACCCAACGACGGGCGUCGGUUUCCGAGCGCUCCCGACGCAACGUCACCAGCUGCAAAAGCUUCUCUCCAAGCCGCGGAGCAAAGACGUCGACGAUUUGCUUACACGCGCCAACAUUGCGGUCGACGAGUGCGAGUUUGGCACGGCGCUGCAGCUCGGACUCGACCUCUUUGCCCACCGCGACACGUACAGCAAUGAAGCCAAGCGACUGCUCGACGUCGCCUACCUUUUGCUCAAGCGCGGCGGCUUUGCCAAGGUCUUGCGCCAUCAUCUCGCGUCGAUCGAGAAGCCGCUGUCUUCGUAAUGCCACCUUGUCACUACCAUACAUACUUCUCUGCAUCCGUGUUGCAUCCAACCUCGAGCGUCCAGUGAAGGCUCAGUAUGGACUACUACAGCUCUAACUACAACUACAACGAGUAUUACAACUAAAACUAAUACUUCUUCGAAAACUG